AUGGUGGCUCCUAUUCAAGUGGCGCUUGCUGCAGACAUCGUGGACCCUGCUCGCCGCAUGGGCCUUGACAACCGCACAUGGGACAUGACCUUCCAGGGGCUGCUUGCGUUGGUACCAAAUGCACCCGGAGGGGGGAGUGUGUUUCUGAAAAGCGAUACACCUGACGCGGUACAUAUACACUGCUCUUCACUCAGUCCAGGUCAAUCUGUGCCCAACUACGACCACAGCUUCGCUGAAAUUUGUGUUUUCCGACCAAGCGCAGGCCAGGAUGCGGGCCCUCCACUCGUGCAUGUUGAGAGCAUCGAUCUCGACCUUCAACUUGGCGAUGUCGAAGCUGUCGACACCCUUCCUUGGGGCGGCUUGCAACCCGUCGUUGAUUCCCCGCACAUGCGUUGCCUCUCUUUCAGCCAUUAUGGGCUGGGGGGCGCAAACUUUGAGGUCUCGAAGAGAAUGUUGUGCUCUGUGUUGCGCCGCUCGCAGCUGACUUGGGCACUCGAAUCAGGCAAACUGCAAUUCAAGAAUUACUGCCCCGGGUUGACUGAAAACCCCGUUACAAGAGCAGACAUCUUGUCGGUAACUACAGAGCACACCAUCGACGGCACCACGAUCGCUCUCGACAUCGCCGAACAAGCCGAGUGGUUGCUGCGUCCGGUCCACUCUCGCUUUAAAGCGGACGCAGAUACAACAAAGGAGCAUUACUUACGAAAGCUCGUAACGAACCGUACGAGUGGAGUAUCCACGGACGCAGUCUCAGGGACCGCGUUGUCCACCGCAGAUAGCGUUCAAGACACGGCGGUCGAGCAGAUAUGGGAAGCAGCGGAGGGAGAUGGUCCGGGAGACGAACAGGGCGAGGAAACGGGCGGCGUCAGCGACGAAGAGAGCAUACAUGGGAGAAGGCAUAGGACAGGCAUGGGCAUCUAG